AGGGCCUUAGUAGUAUGCACGGGAAGGGGGCAGCUCCUUCCCCGCACUGUGACAAUGGCCUCGUCCAUCCCAUGGACCGCACCAUCUGCAGCACCUCCCAGCGGGGACUGCCAGCUGCUGCGCCAGUGUGCCGGCUGAGCUGUCACUUGUGAGCCUCCCGGCACUUCCUUCUUCUGAAAAGUUGUAUUGGAGAGUCCGGUGUUCCCUGGGCGUCCCGACCCGGAGUGUUAUCCGUGGGGGGACAUACCGAGUCAGGCCCCAGAGCCCAGCCUCCCCUAUAGGAUGAGUACCGGAGAGGAGCCACCAGCCGCCUAUCCCCUCCACAUACACGUCUGGAAUAAUGACUUCCGUGCCCUGGAGAGGGAGCUGGAAGGGAGGGAUAUUGAAGAACUGGAUCCGCGGGGCAGGACACCAUUGCACCUUGCUGUUUCCUUAGGACAUCUUGAGUCUGCUAGGGUGCUUCUCAGGCAUAAGGCAGACGUUACAAAAGAAAACAAGGAUGGCUGGACUGUUUUGCAUGAAGCAGUCAGCACAGGAGAUCCAGAGAUGGUGCAGUUGGUUUUGCAGUAUCGAGAAUUUCACAAGGCAUCCACAGCCCUUGGAGGAGUACCUGAACUCCUUAACAAAACAUUGGAGGCUUCUGAUUUUUAUGUGGAAAUGAAGUGGGAAUUCACAAGCUGGGUUCCAUUGUUGUCCAGGGUGUGCCCCAGUGACAUUUGCCGGAUUUGGAAAAGUGGUGCCAAGCUCCGUGUUGAUGCUACCCUGUUAGGUUUUGAAAACAUGAGUUGGAUCCGAGGAAAACAUAGCUUUAUAUUUAAAGAGGAAGAUAACUGGGCAGAGCUGAUGGAGAUCAACCAUGAUGACAGGACUGUCACAAAGGAGCGCUUUGAUAUCUCACAAGAAAUAGAGGGCAUUACUCUGGAUUCCAUGCAGCCAGCAGAGCGGGAAGUUAGCAAGAGACUCACCUCCCCUGUUAUUAACACCUCUUUGGAUACAAGUUCAAUUGCCUUUGAAAGAACGAAGUCUGGAUUCUGGGGUUGGAGGACAGACAAAGAAGAAUCUGUUAAUGGCUAUGAAGCAAAGGUUUACUCAGCAAAUAAUGUAAAUGUUGUUACAAAAACACGGACGGAACAUUUAACAGAGGAAGAAAAGUCUCGGUAUAAAGCUGACAGGAAUUUCCUGGAGUCCUUAUUGGGAACUGUAGAACACCAGUUUGGAGCACAAGGGGAUCUUACUACAGAGUUUGCAACAGCCAACAAUCCAACUGCUAUCACUCCAGAGGAAUAUUUUAACCCUGAUUUUGAUCUUAAAAACCGGGACAUUGGAAGGCCUAAGGAACUGACUAUAAGAACCCAGAAAUUUAAAGGCACACUGUGGAUGUGCGAAGAUUUUCCUCUUUCACUAGUAGAGCAAGUUACUCCCAUCAUAGACCUAAUGGCCAGGACAAGUUCACAUUUUGCUCAUCUCCGAGACUUCAUAACACUUCAAUUCCCCCCUGGCUUUCCAGUGAAAAUAGAAAUACCCUUAUUUCAUGUGUUGAAUGCAAGAAUUACAUUUGGAAAUGUGAACACUUGCUCCACAGCAGAGGAAAAUUCUCCAACCACUCCAAGUGGAACACCAGAUGAAGCCACUGCUGUUCCAAAAUUUGAAGUAGAUCAGUCAGUCUUUGAGAUUCCACCAUCCUACCAUAUUCAGGAAAAUGGAAGGAGUCUACAUAUUCGUGAUGAAGAUGAUGAAAUCAUGCAGUUUGCAAUUCAGCAGAGUCUUCUAGAGAUCAGUGGGAAUCAGCAAAUGCCACAAAGCCAUUCAAAUGGAAGUAUUUCUUCAAACCAGGUGUUUGACACUCAGUAUGAAAGGGCUCUGCAGGAAAGCCUUCUUGCCAACUCUCAAAGUGCACACUCCAGUCUAGCCAGCCAUUCCCAGAGCUUUGACACGGACUUACAAUUUGCUAUGGAACUUUCUGCCAAGGAACAAGAAGAACAGGAAAAAAUUCGUCUCCAAGAAGAAGCUGAGCUGGCAGAAAUUCUACGGCUCUCUCUUACAGAGAAAUAAACUGUGUAAAUUACAAAAAGAUCACACUGGCUUGAGAACCUUUUCUGAUACGGGUCUAGCCUUCACUUUUCUAAUGCCAGCAGUGAAGAUGCCAUGAGUGAGGGCAUAAGGUCACUCCACAGACUCUGUAUCUACCAAAGAACUGUACAUUUUUGAUACUAUUAAUGGUUUUUUUUUUCUGUUGCUUUAAAGACUUGCAAACCAGGGACUCUGCCUCCUUCCUUUAGAUUUCCAGUAGUCUAAAAGGUAGUUUGUAAUAAUCUACAAUUUGCUCAUCGAUAGAUCUAAAAUUCAGGAUGUAAAUGGGAUAAAUAGUUUUACAAGAUUUUCCUAUUCAGGAAGCAGAACAGCAGAAGUGUCCUUUUUAAAUUUAUAAAUACAAAUUUAGCUGAAGUGAAUGCAGAGCAGUGUAGUCACCUAUGUGGUAUGUCACUGGUAUGUAAAUACUGGAUACCUGGUGGGUCAUUUUGUUAAACUAGGUUGUACCAGAAGUUGGCACAGUAGCUGCCACAUCUUUAGUUCAUUAAAGGGGUAUUCCGGGAUCUAAGCUUUUAUCCCCUAUCUAUCCCCACGAUCUCCCUGCAGCACCCACAUUGUAUGCAGGGCUGCGUCUCCAGUUUCAGAAACUUCCGGGUUCCCGAGACUGGAGACAUGAUGUAACGUCACUGAACUCCACCCCCCCCCCCCCC